AUGGACUCUGCCUACCAUGGCCGGCCACCGACUCGUCGACGCGCCCUCGCCGAUGGCACAAACCGGGCCAACGAGCAUCCACAAAUACAACGGUGGUCAGAGCAGAAUAGCAAAGUCGAUAUGCCCUCCUCACCGCCUGUGGCUAUGCCUCACAAUGAAUCAAUCGUCCCCAACGGCUCUCUCGCGGUGCGUCACGAGCUGCCUUCGCCCGAGAACAAGCGUCUCUCGGCUGUAUCUUCGACAGACGCCCGCUCUCACAACUCCAAGCGUGACUCAAACAUUUCUAAUGCCAGCACGAAUGCAUCCAACACCAACCGCCGCCGCAAGACACACAUUGGCCCGUGGCAGCUGGGCAAGACCAUUGGCCGCGGCGGAUGUUCGCGAGUACGGCUUGUGAGACACAGCGGGACAGGGCAAUAUGGUGCAGCCAAGAUCAUCUCAAAGGCAACGGCUGAGAAGGUGCGAGCGUUGAGUUUGGCAAACCUCAUUCAGAGUGCCGAGCAGGACCCUUCGCUAUACCCGGAUGGCAAGGUCAUUCCUUUUGGUCUGGAGCGUGAGAUCUGCAUCAUGAAGUUGCUCGACCAUCCGAACAUUGUCCGACUCUAUGACAUUUGGGAGAAUCGUGAUGAACUCUACCUCAUCAUGGAGUUCAUGGAGGGCGGCGAGCUAUUCAGCUAUAUACACGAACAAGGUGGUCUCAUUGAGAUCCAUGCCGUACACAUCUUCCGACAGAUCAUUGCGGCUCUGAUCUACUGCCAUCGCAUCAACAUCCAUCACCGCGAUCUUAAGCCGGAGAACAUCCUGCUGGAUCGGGACACUAUGACAGUGAAACUUGUAGACUUUGGCAUGGCCGCGUUGCAGCCGACCGGUAAGAAGCUAACUACACCAUGUGGCAGUCCCCACUAUGCAGCACCAGAAGUUAUCAAGACCAUAUCCUACGAUGGCGCCAAGGCGGAUGUUUGGAGCUGCGGUGUCAUUCUAUACGUCUUGUUGACCGGGACACCUCCUUUCAAUUAUUCCGGCGAGGACCGACAUUUGAAGAAUCUUUUCCGAGACAUUGCAGAAGCCAAGUAUGUGAUGCCCGACACCAUCUCCCGGGAGGCGCAAGACUUGAUUAGGAAGAUUUUGGUCGCAGAUCCUAAGCGGCGUAUAGGCCUGGAUGAGAUCUGGGACCAUCCUUUUCUGCGCAAGUAUCAGCAAGAAUUGAACUUUGUGGGUGAGUUUGCAACUCAAGAUCAUUGGACCGGCCCGCUUCCUGCCAUUUCCGAGUGGGCAACCCUCGAGCGUACUACCAUUGAUCGUGAGAUUCUGCGAUACCUGCGCACGCUGUGGCAUAGCGAGAAAGAAGAAGUUCUUGUUCAGCGCUUGAUGAGUAAAGAGGCAAACCAAGAGAAGUAUUUCUAUUCUGCCCUCCGAAAAUAUCAUACCGACCAACUGGAGAAUUACCAGCCUAGCGCACACCAUCCCGUUGCGCAUUCCAAUAGCGAUCACCAUCAUAAUACUCGUCACUCCCCUACACGUCAAGACCUUGAGCAGCUUCCCACAAAGCAGCAUAAGCGCUCAAAAUCUGGCUAUUCGAUUCUCAAUAACGAACAUUUGUACUCCAAACAUAGCUUCUACGAGUCGCCUAUUUCUGAAGCGAGCUAUGAUCCCUUUCGAGCCUCCAGGCAGCCCAUGGUACCUGAGCCAAAAGUCGUGCAGUCAAACGUGACUGUCCAUCGUGAACAUAGCAAUGGGAGCCGCAAACUUCGCCCAGCAACUGCAAUGGGCCAUCGGACGGGCAGCUCACUCCGAAUACAAGCUCUGCGGAACAAUUCUAAGCGCAGUUCUGCAAUGUCUCGUGGCUCCUCGAACCGUAGCACACCAUCACACCGUGCCGUAUCAGUGAAGCGUGGAUCUAUGUCGCGGUCCUCUCUUGUUAGUUCACAUUGGCCGAGUAGUCCUCCGGUCAUUACUCGGUCAGGGGGUAUGAGCAAACGAGGGGUGAGCUUCUCGCAUUUGCGUGAUCGGCGCUCUUCGAUAGUGACGACUGGCACCUGGGAAACUGAUCAUGGAGCACCUGGAGACUAUGCGGCUUCCCAUCGGCCUCAUACCUCGAUAGGAUCAUACGGCUCCUCUUUGCGAUCAAGUUCCGUACGUCCGUCACCCGGCAUGUCUCCAUAUACGCGUGGUGUGAUGAGCCCGGAUGCGCCAGGACUGAGACUGCGGAAGCCCGACAGCCCAAGCAAGUAUAUACAAGGUGAGGCUAGGAAGGUCAGCAUGGAGCUCGGAAAGGUCAUGGAAGAAGCUUUCAAUCGCUCGUCGGUCAGUUCGAGCAUUCGGACUUCUGGUACAGGCCACGAGCUCUACCACGACGCCUUGUCGUACGAUUCACCGCCCACCUCCUUCACGAACACUAGGGACUCUGGUGGUAGUUCACUGAUGACGCCGAAUACGAAAGCCAAUGCGUCUCAACGACCACUCCCGCCACUUCCUUCCGAGACACCGAACACUUUCCUGCAGCGAAAGCUGGCGGAGACUCGCGCUGAAAUCGCCCGCCGUUUUGAUGAGGAUGGCAAUGGCAAGAGCACAGAACACUUCAACGAGGUUCUCGAGCACCUCGAUCGUCUCAUGGUGCCAGGCAUGAAUGGCAAACGCACCGUCUCAGCACCUGCAAGAUCGCCUGAGCACCCGGCGCCACUGCACGUCAUUCCGGAAGAAGUGAAGAUUGAGGUCGUGGAUGGGUACAAUGCGAAUGCUUUGAAUCCACGCGCUGUCACUGAUCCAAACAGACCACAGGCUCGCCGCGUCGUCACUGAGCAGCAGCAGACUAUUCGCCUAGUGACCGAAUCGCCCACGCGCGUCGCGCCGCUUAACAUACGCAAGAGAAGCGGUGUAAGCCUCUCUUCGAAGUUUGCAAGCGAUGCUGCCAACUCGGUAGCAUGGCCUGGACCAGCUGCGACCUAUACCGUCCGUCCAUUUCAAGACGUUCAGAACGACCUUCGUGCCGCCCGUACGACUGAGACUGCGCCCAUACCCGAGAGGCAGAAUCCGGUCGUCAAGAAGAAGAAGUCACUCUGGUUCCGACGGACUACGGAUGAGAAAGAUCGCGAUCAGGAGGAGGUGGAGGUCCAGCUCAAGAAGAAGAAAUCGCUUGGUCUCCUACAGAUUCCAGAAGCUUGGCAGUCUCUUGACGAUCGCGUGAAGACGGGCAUAUCGCCGUUCACGAGUACUGCUGCUGAAGUACCUUGUCAGGAUCAGAAGGAGUGUGAGAGUCAAAGCGCAAGCGAAUUUCCUAUGCGCAAUACCAGCUCAGCGGCCGCUAGAGGCGACGGCGCACAACGAAAGGGCCUUCUUAGCUUCUUUGGCAAGAAGACGAAGGAUGAUAAGCUGAAGAAGCCAAUGGAGCUGGGUACGGCAGAUCUCAGCUCGUCUUCCAUGGCAUGUAGUUUUGAUCUUGGUCCAGAGCACGGCACUGCCGGUGGUGACCAUGCGGCCCGUACAGGACCUCCAGAGAUGCAGAUGAACUGGCUUUCACGGUUCCUCCACAUCAAGCCUGCAAGCAAGACACUCUGCUUCCACAUUGGACGCGGCAAAGUUCGCAAAGACCUGCUUCGCUUGUUGCGGGACUGGCAACGAUUCGGCGUCCAGGACGUGUCAUUUGACCGGGCAACGAAUGCAAUUAGUGGCCGCGUUGAUAAGAAUAAUCGUAAGUCUAACUCUCUCUGCCUUUCGAGAUUCGUCUUCCAGGGAUGGCUUCUGAAGGACUGGCGGUUCGAAGUCGAGAUUCUAGAAGUGGAGAAUGUGUUGCGAUAUUUGAAGAUCAAGCCCGUCUCUUUUGUGAUUGAGCUCUUCGUCGUCCUCGAGCAUGGACACCGGGCCAACCUCUGCCUUGCUCGCUUCACGCAGACACGGGGCGCGGCCUCGAGUUUCCGCAAGGUCGUUGACAUUGUCGAGGACGUCUGCCGAGCCCGCUGCCUGCUCGUCGAGGAUGAAGAGAAGAAGGCUUCGAUGAUGGAAGUGUUGGGCUGA